AUACAGCCAAUUGGUUGACGAACAGCGCGAAGACAAGUCGCAUAAAUAAGCAGCAAAAGCAAAAGUUCGAAACUUUAAAAAGUGAAUCUAAAGGCGAAAGUGAAACCUAAGUAAAGCGUCAUGGAGUUUAACAACCGUUUGCUAUUGAAGAUCCUGCAGCUGGCCAUUGCCAUUGCUUGCAUUGUGAUCUAUCAAGUGGUCGGCAGGCUAAGUGUGCAUACUUUGAUUGUGGCCGGCACCAUUGGCGGCUUCACCAUCAUCUGUGGCGUGCUGCUCAUCGGUCAUGUGAUCGGCUCUGUGGUGGAGAAGCGUCUGAAUGCGCUUAUCUCGCUCAUUGGCUGCGUCUUGUUUGUGGCUUCGGGUGCGCUGGUUAUUAGUGAAUGGAAUGAUACCUACUUCCCAUCCAAGGAUGACAAGCGUAAUGCCAUUGCCGCUGGUGCGCUUAUGAUCAUCAAUGGUGUCAUCUUCUUCCUAGACACUCUAUCCAUUUGCAGAACACGCACUGAAGUGCCCGUCCUAAAGGAAGAGAAGAAGACGAGAAAUAAAGUUGAGAUAAAUCGCUUUUAGACGGGAGUACCGCUAAGCUUUAGCCAGUGGCAUGUGUA